AUGGCGAGCAUUAUUUCAACGCCAAGUACCGUAUCUGUUCAGAUUACGAGCUCAAUGACUUCUUUUACAUCUGAGAAGAGGCUGCAACGGGGCGAUGCUAUCUCUACUUUGAGGGUAAAGAAAGGAAACUUGUGUCUAGGGAAUUUUCUCAUAGACAUAAUUUAUUACAGUAUUGGUCUUGCAUUUCUUUUAAACAAAAUAACCUGAACCGUCAGAUUGAUCAAGUGAACUGCUUCAAUUGUCAAAGGGGUAUAUAUAUCUCAGUUUAGGAAGAAUGGAACUAAUCUGCAUGUCAUUCAUGCAUAAUCAAUAAUACAGUCUGACACAAACCCACUCAAAAAGGUCAUCAGUCCCUUUGUAGACUCAGGAGGAGUGACCUAUGUUUACUUCAAAAUCAAAUGUGAACUUGACCGAUCAAACCGUCGUGUGAUCGUGUUAGAAACUUGCUAAAAAUUAUAUUAUCUAAUACUUUGGAAAACUGCUGAAGGUAAUGACUGUGGACGAAUAACAGCGAAGGGUGACGUUAGUUCCCACUGAGCAUUAGAUAAAAUUUUAACAAUUAUUGUAACACGAUUGCGUGAGGGUUUAAAUUUCCAACUGUGCACCCAUCUUUCUCUGAUUUGACCUUUUCAGCCUGGAUGGUGCUGGAAGGAGGAGGGGGAGGGGGGAGGGGUCACUUCUUAGUGAACUUUGCACCCCUAUGAGCACCCUGUUAUCAAUCUGCCCCUGUCUUCCACAGUGUCAUUCCAGGUUAAUUCUACAAUUGUAGAAGGUCUGGCUAUAAGCAGCAUAUCCUUUGGCCAGUCUUGAGCGUGAGCCAUCACAGACUGUGUCUUCUUCAUAUUGUCUCAAACCUUUACUUAUUUGAGGGUUAGCCUCCUUCCUAGAUAUUCCUUUGGCUCACCAAGCAAUAAUUUAUGUGGCAAGUCUAAGGAAAGUCUGUGAGUGUCAUAUUUCCUUGAAUAAUAGCCAGGGGCGAUUAUCAUUUUUUUGCACGUAAAGGGGGCAAUUUUUUUGAGAGAGGUGAUUAUUUCAAAUAUUGCUCAAUGGAAGUCAUGCCCUAAAUAUUAGUGCUAUUCACUGAUUCACCUCCAGUUCCUCGAAGCGAGUGAUACUAAACUCACGUAAGUUUCAAGCAAAAUGGUUUGCUAGUUUACUGCUGUAACAAACAAAGAAAUUUCACUUAAUAAUCCCGCAAGCUGUUCCCGAAAUACAUGAAGAAGGUGACAAAAUUUGGUUUGGAAGCUUUAGCUUUGUCUGUUUGACUUGAAUUUAUCGAUGAAACCAGUGAAAAAGUUUUUAGUUUACAAAUGUAAAUUAACUGUUGUAUUACUUUAUUUAGCUGACAUGUUCAUAAAAAAGCUUAAAACUAAAUUUAAUAGUUUUUUUACAGAAUGGUUUCAAGUACAAAAAGAAUUCAUAACUCCUUUUGGAGAAAUUUCCAAACAAUAGGUAAACAAAUUGCCUUCAAAAGUUUAUUUGUUGGGAAGAAAUCAUGAGGGCCAUUCGGUCAUUUGCAUGCCAAAAUUGUAAUAGUUGGUAGCAGUAAAUGAGUUAAACACCAUCAUUUUUGUGUUCAAUUAUAUCACUGUUUUAUUAUAUAUUGAGACAAUGAUAUUAUUCACCUCAUUGUCGGUGGCUAGCAGUGGAUGUAAUAUGUACCUCACCACUCUGGAGCUCAGUAUAAUUAUAUUUCCACCACUAGCCACCUCCAUUUCAGUAAAUAAUAAUCUAGCAUAAUAUUAUCCCAUUAAAUCAAAAAUGAUCACACAAAAUAAACUGAACAUGGACUUUUUAAGUGCUCCAAAGUUGGUUCCUUGAUUUAUUUUUAAUGUCAUUAUCCUUGGCAUCAGAGCUUGAAUUUGUCACUGAUCAGUUUUCCCAGAUCAGACUCCACUUCAUCUUGAUGAGGAGGGGAUAAAAGAAAGAGAAGAUGACGAGAGGGGUGCAGGGGCGAUUGUUUUAAAUAUUUUCGUCUAAGAGGAGCGAUUAUUUAAAGGAAGCAUUUAAUUGAGGGAUGGCUAAAAUUUGAGGGAAUUCGGUAAGUAACUUUUAACUAAGUAACCUACAUGUACACUUAGCUCAUUAGAAUUGCUGAUAUUUGCAGGUUUUAUCACAAACAUAAAUGUAAUGCUUUUAAGAUAAAUAAAGUAAGUAUAACUUUAUAACAUUUACUUCUUUAGGGGAAACUGGAGUUAAUAACAGGAUGCUCAGCGGUGACAAUGGAAGUUCAGUUACUGGACAAAGAAGGAAAGCUUUUAUGUGUCCUUGACAAUGAUGAUGCAUUACUGGGUGCUUACCCAGUAGAUGACAACAUGAGACUUCAUGUAUGUUCUAUUUGUUGUUUAUUCACUGGAGGUACAACGUGAUGUUACAUAAUAAUAUUAUUCUACUACAUUGUAUAUCAUCAAUGUAAAAAUUAGCAGACAUGGAUCCACACCAAUUGCAACCACUUUAUGAAAAUGGGUCAAAUGUUUCAUAAAUUGAAAUAUUUUAAUAAAUAUAUAUUUUAAUAUUAAAAUUGAUAUCCUGUCUGAAUGGUACCAAAAUCCAGGGAAGGUGAAUUUGGGAGUGUGAAUCCAAAAAUAUUCUGGGGGUGCGGGGUGCAUGUCCCUGGUCCCCUAGAAGCUUGCACCUUUGGUGUUCGUUUAGGAAAUCAGGCAGUAUUUAUUCUCUUUAUCCACUCCUGACUAGGUAAAAUCCCAUGAUACACACUUGGCCCCUUACAUUGUGGCAAUGAUAUAAUUUGUUUUACAUGAUUGAUCUAGGAGUAUUAACAACAAAGUUAAUGUUUAAUGAGGUGCCAGUCUAUUGCAGAGGAACGUUUAGUAUUAUUUUGAUGCCCAUAUAACAUCGAUCGAGCAACAGACUGUAUGGCAGUUUUAAUGUGUCUGGCCUAGGUGGUAUCAAAAUUGACUGUCAGGCUUUCAUGAUUUGAUAGUGAACCAAUAAGCAUGACAUCAGGGACAAGAUCACAUGUCCAGUUGGAAUGACACUGUUUUUCACUUUGCAUCUAAUAUAUAGGUUGUGGACAAAGAUCCUACAAAAAAGGUAGGACAAUUUGAAGACUUAUCAGCCGUGGAAAAAUAUGAGAUGGACACAGAAGAAUAUGCAAAGAGAACUGGUUAGUGAUUGAUAUUAUUGUUUACUCCCAGAUACACAGAUUUGUCAUUUGUAAUAGUUUAAAUCAUUGUCUACUCUGGAAAGUUUAAUACAUUAUUCACAUUGCACAAAUAUUUUAUAUAUGAAGCCUUAAAUCAGGGUAUGCUUUGGCUUUGUCAGUCACAUCUGAGAUUGCCUGUUGCCUGGUACGUAAACAGAGUUGUCAUUAAGAUUUCAAGUUGCUGGGUACAUACAACAAGUAGGCAGUUUUUGGGGCUAUGUCACCUGUCACUUCUACCCCUUGGAAGGCCUUAUUUAUGGUGCAAAAAUCUUCUUCUAUAGAUUCAGUGAGGGCCUUCAAAGAAAGAAAUAAGCUUGGCCAAUUUAAGGAGAAAACUCCAGAGGAAAUACAAAAAGAGAAAGAGAAAGCACAACUAGAGGAAGAAGCUGCGAAAGCAAUCACUGUUGGUUCUCGAUGCGAGGUCAAAGUUGUUAGUGCACCUCCCAGGAGGGGCGAGGUUAUGUUUGUAGGUAUGUAAACAUAAAGUGUUCAUGUCACCCCUCAAAAACGUUUAAUACUCUAAGAUAAAUUGCGUGAGCUCUAAAGCUCUAAACAUUUGAAAAUCAGUAAAUUAAUCAAACCCAGGAACCAGAUCAGUGCUGCUAAAAAAGGGGUGGGAGCUUAGCUAGUACCCCUAGCCACCAAGCAUGUCGCAGAUGUGAGAAAUUCCUCGUGAGUGAGCUUUUUGUGAUAAGCAAAGCAGCUUAGUGCAAAAAAAAAAAAAAUGUCAGCUAUGGUCCACAGGUCUCAUUUACAAGUAAGGAGACUGACUUUGGUAGUUCAUUAGUCAGACAAACAAAAGAGCGUUUCUUGAUGUUUUAAAGUGUUGAUGGACAUGGUUGAGUCUGUUGUCUGAAACAAAGGAAAGUACCGUUUAGAAGCUUUCAUGCUGGUUAUCCAUGUACUCAUUUGACCUUAAAAAGGCUGCAUUUUAUUUACGACACUUUUUAUGAACAGUUAUUUCAGAUGUUUCAACUUCAAUGCGUGGUCAUGUAAAAGAAGAUGAAAAAGUUGAUGAGACAACCUAAGUGAAUGGUCUUGUGUUUGACAUUUUGUAGCACAUGCUACAGUGUUUAAAACAAUGCAAAUCCUGAAAUGAUAAUGUUUUGUUUCAGGAAAAACAAACUUCAAACCUGGCUGGUGGGUUGGUGUGAAAUAUGAUGAGCCUGUUGGUAAAAAUGACGGCAGGUAAGCAGAUUUUCUAUGAUCAUUGUAUCCUACUAGGGUGUUUCUUUUACUUUCUGAUAUGUUUUAUUAACCACGGUGAGAAUAGCUCAGUCGGUAGAGGGCUUGACUGCAGAGCGAGAGGUCACGUGUUCAUCAGUCCGGGGACUGGGCCAAUAAUCAGGAUCUUAAAAUAACUGAGAAAUGAAGGUACUGCCUUUGCACUGCAAGUGGCUAGGACUUCACAUGGCCUGAAUGACUACACAAAACGGUGGUCCCAUCUCCAGUAGGAGACAUAUCCCCAAUAUUUUGUAAAUUCAAAUAAAGUGUGUUUUUUUUAAAGUGAAGGGUGCCGUAGCUAGUUAUAAGGCUGGUAGUCAUUUGAUAAUAACUAUUUUGAUUUUGUUGGUGUGACAAUUUUAUACACUGUCUUGGUGCAUUUCAAAGCAAACUUGAAUUAACAAGUAACAAAAACAACAAGAAAAAAAGAGAAGAGCACAAAGGUGCAAGGGGAUGGUGGUAGGGUGAAUUACCCCUCCCAUGCUCUCAACAUUUUAGACUGAAUGUGUCCACUUUGUGGGUUUAUCAAAUAAUAAUGUAGAAAGAUGAUUAUACAUUGUAGAGCUAUGAACAAUCUAUUUUCCAAACAGUUUGAUUAGUUUCAUUGUAUUUUCCAAAGAUUUUUCAGUUUGUUUAAACUAUUCUUUUUUCCCCAUCUUUUUGCAUCAGAUUAUUGUUAUUGUUUGUACGAACCUUUGCCAUGAAUCACUUGUACAUCAUAAAGGUUCAAGUUAUUAAGGUUCUAAGACAAGUUGAUUGAAGUUGUUUCUGUUUUCCUUUCAGUGUUGCUGGGAAAAGAUACUUCACUUGUCCACCAAAAUAUGGCGGAUUUAUUAAACCAAAGGAUGUAGCGGUGGGUGAUUUCCCAGAAGAGGACUUGGGAAUUGAAGAGGAUGAAAUGUAA